CAGCCAUGUGAUUGGCCACGACGAGUCCUCGAGCAGCCCAAUCUCGCACGAGCAGCUGCUUAAGCGUCCCUUUGCGUGAGGGACAAACAUGGCGGACCGGCUAACGCAGCUUCAGGACGCCGUGAACUCGCUUGCAGAUCAGUUUUGUAAUGCCAUUGGAGUGUUGCAGCAGUGUGGUCCUCCUGCCUCUUUUAGUAAUAUUCAGACAGCAAUUAACAAAGAUCAGCCAGCUAAUCCUACAGAAGAGUAUGCCCAGCUUUUUGCAGCACUGAUUGCACGAACAGCAAAAGACAUAGAUGUUUUGAUUGAUUCCUUACCCAGUGAAGAAUCUACAGCCGCUCUACAGGCUGCUAGCUUGUAUAAGCUAGAAGAAGAAAACCAUGAAGCUGCUACAUGUCUGGAGGAUGUUGUCUAUCGAGGGGAUAUGCUUCUGGAAAAGAUACAAAGUGCACUUGCUGAUAUUGCACAAUCACAGCUGAAGACAAGAAGUGGUACCCACAGCCAGUCUCUUCCAGACUCAUAGUGCCACCAUAACCAUGUGGCUGGGAAAAGAACUAUUUCAGUGCAGCUAAAAAUUCUGCAUCAGGUUUAGAUGUAAGCCUUAACCAACAGUUACAGGAAAACAUUAAGCACUAUAAUGUGUGUUACCUUUGUAGCUAUUUUUAAUCAUCUUCUAUUUUCACUCUUGAUAAAUAAGUUUGUAAAAUUGUGAUUGAACCAGCGUUAAGCCAUCAUAUACCAUCAUUUUUAUUAGCUGAAUGAGGUUAUUGGGGCAGAUACUACAUUCAUUGCCGUAGUAUAAUUAAACAGAUCCAUUAUAAAAUUCUGUUGUGACAUAAUUUCUGUCUUUAUUUGUCAUAUUUCUGUAGUCCAUUUACAAAUCAAAACAUCCCUCAAGCCAGAGGAGAGGUGGUAAGUGGAGAGAUACAGGAUAUUUCAAUUUAGUUUGCUAUCCUUUUGUCUCUUUAGAGGUGGUGGUGUAUAAAUUUGGAGCUUUGAGCAGGGAACGUUUCUAAAACUGUUGCUUUUAAGAAACUGAAAGGAUUAGCGUGGCAGGGUGAGAGAUUAGGUAACUUUUAUGCAAACCUUUUCCUUUUCUAGGACCUCAUGCCUAUCCUCAUUCAUCUCUACAUUUUUCUACUAAAAAAUCCUCUUCUCUGUGUGUGGAAUUUCCAUUCUGAGAAAAUUUUCCUUUAUCCUGAACUAUUUUUCUCCUAUCUUUUCACUUGUUUACCUUUUUUAUUUUUCUCCAUUUGUUUGUCAUCACUGUGAAGUGUAUUUCUUGAGUCGAUUCCUUCUCAUUCUCUUACCUGAAUGUACUGUCUUCUGGUUUUACUUCUCAAUCCUUAUCGCUGAGAAUAUACUCCUCCUCUGUCAUUUUCUUUGAUACCAUUUUCUCCAUCCCACCUCAGCUUGUUAUUAGCAUUUGUGUCAGCAUUCUCAAUUAUGAUUACUCAUCGAAUUCUUGGAUCGCUUUGAAUAUACUGAUUAUCUCCACUGGCAAGCUGGACUUGGAAUGUGUUUCACACUGUAACUGGUUCUGUCUUCUGAGGCUGCAUUUUUUCAAAAUAUUCUGAGGUACAUAUGCAGCAAUCUGUUGCUACCCAGAGUUUAAGUUCCUGGAGAAAGCUCAAGAACAAUAGUCUGAGCCCUCUGUCUCUUAUUUCAUAAUCAAGUUCUUGAAAGAUACUUUGUUUCAGAGUUCAGGAGCACCAGUAUUGGCUCCAAAAGCUUCAGCAAUUUGUUGGCUAGUCCUAGAAAUUUUAGAACUUUCCAUUUUUUUUGUGUGUAUUGUCAUUGAAGUUUAAUAAAAAGCACUUCACUAUCAAAGACAUUUGACAUGAAUCUGUACCCUUCUUUAUUUUAUAGUUAUUGGAGGAGAAGAAAAGUGAUUUUCAGCUAGGAGAAUCAAGUAAGACUUAAUAAAAAGCCCAAAACUCAGAAGGAGGGGAACUUUCCAGUCAGAGGCACUGUGUCUGAACAGAGUGAAGCAAGCGUUUUUUUUUUCUUUUCACUCUGUCCUCCCACCCUUUGGCUCUAGAUAUGGCCACACUUGUUCAAAGUGUGCAGCAGAGUGGGGUAACCAAAAUCCCAGACUUUUGGCUGGAGGACUGCAAAGGCGAGCCCCAUGGAACUAGAAAGUAUCAGACUGUGGAAAAGGGAGGAUCUUUGGAAAACCACUCACAAAAAUUGUUUGUGAGCAUCUGCUCAUCCACAUGUGUGGAUGUGACUCUUAACAGUGUAGAUAGAUUUUGAGAAAUGAACUACAGGAGAGAUUGCGGGCCAGAUCCCAGACUGGCCCCUGAAUGGUGCAUACACAAAACAGAUCCCAACAGCACUGUGAAGAUUUUGAGAACAGACACUGAUUGGAAAUACAGCCCACAGUAGCAGGCUGGAAAUUGUGGCCUGAAUCCAAGUGAGUCAAUUGCCUUCUAAGACAAAAAGAAAAAAAUGCUACGUAGGAUUUAAACAAGAUCUUAGAAACUCAUAUACUCAAAAUGUCCUGGAUAUAAUCCAAAAUUGCUCAGCAAACAACUGGAGUUGUUAACUCAUAGGAAAAGACAACAAAUGCCAAUACCAAGAAGACACAGAUGUUGGAAUUAUCUGACAAAGACUUCAAUAUAAAAAUACUCCACUGGCAAGGGAGAAUGAAGAAAACCAAAGACACAAGGGAAAGAUUAGUUCAGAGAACUAAUGGACCACAACUACCACAGCCUCCACCAGACUGAGUGCAGCACAACUAGAUGGUACCUGGCUACCACCACUGACUGCUCUGACAAGGGAUCACAAUAGAGGGUCCCGGACAGAGCCAGAGAAAAAUGUAGAACAAAAUUUUAACUUGUGAAAAAAGAUCAGACUUACUGGCCUAACAGAGACUAGAGAAACCCUGAGAGUAUGGGCCCCAGACACCCUUCAUUUCAUUGAGGAAGUCACUCCUGAGGUUCACCCUUCAGCCAAAGAUUAGACAGACCCAUGAAAGAAAACAAGACUCAAGGGGCACACCAGCCCAGGGCAAGGACUAGAAGGCAGGAGGGGAUAGGAAAGCUAGUAAUAGGGGAGAGAGUUGACAUGUCAUGGGGUUGGUAAACAAUGUCACAGAACAAUAUGUAUACUAAUUGUUUAAUGAGAAGCUAGUUCUGUAAACUUUCACCUAAAGCACAAUUUUAAAAACAAACAAACAAAAAAUGCUCCAAUGGGAAGGGUGAGCACUCUUGAAUAGAAAGAUAGUCUCAGCAAAGAAAUAGAAGAAACAAAUGGAAAUUUUAGAACUAAAAUAUACAGUAAGUGAGAUAAGAAACACUGGGUUGGCUCAAUAGCAGAGGAAGGAUAGAGAAGUGAGAGAAAUUGAAGAUAGAUGAAUAGAAAUUAUCAAGUGUUAAUAACAAUAAAUCAACACAAAUUAACAGAGCCCUAGGGACAUAUGGGAUGGUGAGAAAACCUAAUAAGGUGAAAGUGCUGGGCUGAAAAAAGCAUGUGGAAAUUAUAGUGAGAGACAUGAACUCAGGAUUCAAGAAACUCAACAAACCCUGAACAAAGAAAUCCACACACACACAUUUCAUAAUCAAAUUUCUGAAAAGAUAAAAAAUAUUGAAAGCAGCUAUAUAGAGGUAUAUACAUUGCCUACGGGGAGACGGUGAUGCAGGUUGUUAGUGAGUCUUCCUCCAAUCCUGAUGCCCCAUGCUUCAUUUAGUCUGGCUUCUUGGAUUGUUUGCUCAGCAUACAGAUCAAAUGAGUAUGGUGAAAGGAUACAAGCCUGAUGCACACCUUUCCUGAUUUUAAACCACUCAGUAUCCCCUUGUUCUGUUCUAACGACUGCCUCUUGAUCUAUGUACAGGUCCCUCAUGAGCACAAUUAAGUGUUCUGGAAUUCCCAUUCUUUGCAAUGUUAUCCGUAAUUUGUUAUGAUCCACACAGUUGAAUGCCUUUGCAUAGUCAAUAAACACAGGUAAACGUCUUCCUAGUAUUCUCUACUUUCAGCUAAGAUCCAUAUGACAUCAGCAGUGAUAACCCUUCUUCCAUGCCAUCUUCUGAAUCCUGCUUGAAUUUCUGUCAGGUCCCUGUCAAAGUCCUGCUGCAACUGUUUUUGGAUUAUCUUUAGCAAAAUUUUACAUGCAUGUGAUAUUAAUGAUAUUGUUCGAUAAUUUCUGCGUUCAGUUGGAUCACCUUUCUUGGGAAUGGGCACGCAUAUGAAUCUCUUCCAGUCAGUUGGUCAGGUAGCUGUCUUCCAGAUUUCUUGGUAUAGAUGAGUGAGCACUUACAGUGUUGCAUCCAUUUGUUGAAACAUCUCAACUUGCAUAUGAGCAACUGAUGAUCAGUUCCUCAGUUGGACCCUGGCCUUGUUCUGACUGAUGAUAUUGAGCUUCUCCAUCAUCUCUUUCCACAGAUGUAGCCGAUUUGAUUCCUGUAUAUUCCAUCUGGUGAGGUCCGUGUGUAUAGUCGCUGUUUAUAUUGUUGAAAAAGGUAUUUUCAAUGAACAGGUUGUUGGUCUUGCAAAAUUUGAUCAUGCAGUCGCCAGCGUCGUUUCUGUCCCCAAGGCCAUUAUUUUCCAACCACUGAUCCUUCUCUGUUUCCAACUUUCACAUUCCAACUCCAGUUAUCAGUUCAUCUUGAUUCCAUGUUUGAUCAAUUUCACUACAGAAGUUGGUAAAAAUCUUCAAUUUCUUCAUCUUUGGCCUUGGUAGUUGAUGUAUAAAUUUGAAUAAUAGUCAUAUUAACUGGUCUUCCUUAUAGGCGUGUGGGUAUUAUCCUGUCACUGACAACAUUGUACUUCAGGAUAGAUCUUUUUGACGAUGAGCACAAUGCCGUUCCUCUUCAAUUUGUCAUUCCCAGCGUAGUAAGACCAUGUGAUUGUCUGAUUCAGAGUCUCCAAUACCAGUCCAUUUCAGCCCACUGAUGUCUGUGCUACUGUCUUUUAAGUGUUCGUUUCAUUUUGGUAACUUGAAAUUUUUCUAGAUUCAUACUUUGUACAUUCCAUGUUCCAAUUAUUAAUGGAUGUUUGCAGCUGUUUCUUAUUUUACGACAUGCCACAUCAGCAAAUGAAGGUCUUGAAAGCUUUGCUCCAUUAAGGUCGACUCUACUUUGAGGAGGCAGCUCCUCCCCAGUUGUAUUUUGAGUGCCUUCCAACUCGAGGGGCUCAUCUUCCAGCACUGUAUCAGACAAUGUUCUGCUGCUAUUCAUAAGGUUUUCACUGGUCAGCUCUUUUAGAAGUUGAUCGCCAGGCCCUUCUUCCUAAUGUGUCUUAGUCUGAAAGCUCUGCUGAAAUCUGUUCAUCAUGGGUGACCCUGCUGGUAUUUGAAGUACUGAUGGCACAGCUUCUGGCAUCACAGCAACACACAAGCCACCACAGUACGGCAUCCUGACAGAUGAGUCCACAGUAGACAACCAAAAAUACCACUUCUCUGCACACUGGAAUGAUGUCCCUUCAUACUUAUCCUUUGGGACCAUCUCUGAUCAGGGCUAUGAUUGUUGCCAUAUAUAAAUAUAUAAAAGAAAAUAUAUAUGUUACAUUAAAUCCAUAUAAAAUCUAGAAAUUGGGGUUGUGACUGUAUUGUGAUUAAAGUCAGACUUUUAUUGACUAGAUCUACAGUAACCAUGAAGUGGUUCAGGAAACCACCCUACUCACUAUGGGAUGAACCUGAACCAAAAUGCCGUUAAUACUUGAUCAUUCUAAGCCUCUGCUCUGACUAGUAACCUAUAGAGCUUCUUGGGUCCCCAGGAAUUAGUGACAGCUACUGCCCCAAAUCCCCAAAAGUAAGUAUUUCACUUUCCUUAUGUACAGUCACCCUAAUAAAUGACUGCAGAUCCUUUUGGAUAAAGCUAGGAAGAAGAUCUUUGCAUAGUUUUGGCAGUCUAGCAGGGUCUUUUGUCAAGGGAACUCAACUUCUUCACUGGAGGGUCUUUGGUUCUGUGACCUGCCUUUAGUCUAGAAAUUGGAUAAGGGGCUGUGACUCUAUUAUGGUGAUUAAAGUCAAGCCUCUUAUUGUUUCAUUAUAUAAAUCAAGAUUUUAGAAGCCUUGUUCUCGAUUUCUAGGGACACCAUGAUCAGUAAAUUAACACCAAAAUUUUUUGUAGGUGAAACCAUUUUGAUUACUGCUUUGGCGCUGCUGUCCAUUAUGUUAGCCAAACUCACUUUGUCUCUGGAGGUUAAGUCUUUCCACUCUUCUCCUCCCAAUCCAUCUCCCAUCAUAUCCAUUGAAUUUAAGGGGCCAGUUUUAAUGGGAGUGUCUUUUACUAUCAUUCCUAACCUUCAGUAACAGCCAUUACAGAAUCUUUCAAAGAUGGUAUUACUCCUCUUGCCGGUGAUUUUGUUUGAAAGUGCUGAUGAAAAGAAUGUCCUCUGAGCCCUUCCAGCAGAUAUAGAGUUUGAGUGAACAGGUCAUACAUAAUAAAUUCACGCCAGCAUUUCUUUCUCCUUGAGUCUUAGACUACCAUUCUCUAUAUACCAGCGAUGUUUUGGCACUUCUCAUUUAGUGCAAGUUACCCUUAGAUACAAAUACUCACUAACAAAACAAGUGAUUACAAGUGAUAAGUAACUUUUACCAUGGGCUGUAAUUGCUCCAUUUAUCACAGUAAUUGGGAUAUUAAUACCUUUUAAUAUAGUCAGAUCAGAGAAUUCCAGUUUCUCAUCCUUAAAGUUCUAUGUCCCUGUUACUACUUCUGGUACCAAAACUAUCAGUGAGAGCUUAGCUGUGAGAAAACAGUUACAGCAAAUAUUACAGGAAUAAGAGAUGUGAUAAAGGAAUUAGAGUUUACACAAAAGGUGGAAGGAGCUGGAGAAGUUAAAGACUGGAAGGAGAAAGUCAGAGGAUCAGUAAAACACUAACUGCAUCAUCCUAAAGCAAUGGCGUGGAUGGACAAGUGGGAGCCUGUAAUAAAGUCUGAAGCUGUGCACACAUGGCCACCAAAGUGUGAAUAUGAAGGAGAAGCUCAUGAACAGACCUUUCAAAGCUGAUGCCUCUUAGAAGUAGCUGCCUAUAUGAAAACCACUCUCCCUUCAUUAGGCCAGUUUUUAUCCCAGCUUAGUACACCUUGAUCUUCAACUCCAGUUUGAUCAAUGGCAAGUCUUAGUAGAGAGAUAGGCCUAAAGCCUUAGAACUGGACUCUCAACAGAAUAAUUGAUCUUCUGCUUAAAACACUCAAAUGGCUAUUCAUUUCACUCAGAGUAACAGUUAAAGUUCUUAAAAUGGCCUAUAAGGUCCUGUGUAAUCUGGCACCUUGUUACUUUGCUGCCCUCAUCUGUUUUGCCUUUAGUUGGCAGGUCUUUGCCUACAGUUGAACAUACCAGGCACACUUAUCUCUUUGCCCUAGAUGUUCUCUCCACUUGGAAUGCUUGUGCCCCGAUAACCCCAUGAUCCCACUUCCUUGGACCUCCUUCAGAUCUUUACUCAAAUGUGACCUCACAGAGACCGUUCCUGACCUGAGUGCAACUCAUCAUCCGAUUCUCCAUAUCCCCUUCUUUUUUUUUUUUU